AUGGCAGCUUCGCUAGGAGGCAAUAGUGUGGAGUGGCACGUUCGUCCUCCAAACCCUAAAAACCCAAUCGUCUUCUUCGAUGUCACCAUCGGUAACAUACCUGCCGGUAGAAUCAAAAUGGAACUCUUCGCUGAUAUUGUCCCCAAAACCGCCGAGAAUUUCAGGCAGUUCUGCACGGGGGAGUACAGGAAAGCAGGACUUCCUAUUGGCUACAAGGGUUGCCAAUUUCAUAGAGUGAUCAAGGAUUUUAUGAUUCAGGCUGGUGAUUAUGUAAAGGGUGAUGGUAGUGGAUGUGCUUCCAUCUAUGGACUCAAGUUUGAUGAUGAGAAUUUCAUCGCCAAACACACUGGACCUGGGCUUCUAUCAAUGGCAAAUAGCGGACCAAAUACCAAUGGUUGCCAGUUCUUUUUAACUUGUGCAAAAUGCGACUGGCUUGACAACAAGCAUGUUGUUUUUGGGAGAGUGCUUGGAGAUGGUCUUUUGGUUGUGAGGAAGAUUGAGAAUGUUGCAACUGGACCCAAUAACCGGCCUAAGUUAGCUUGUGUCAUUGCUGAAUGUGGUGAAAUGUAA